AGUAUCGCAGUCUCGUAUCGACUGCGCCGUGUGGGGGUGGGGUUGUUGGCUAAGUUGGGGGUGAGAGCGCUACAGGGUUGCGAGAAUGACACCCUAUUUUGCUUAACGGAAGACCCAGUAAACCACGUCUUUAUUUUCUGCGAGAAUUAAAAGAGCUUGAUAGUUCUAAGAGAGUGAUAUUCAUGCCAUUCAUCAAUAUUAAAUAUUUAUUUAUUUAAAUUUGUUAUCAUUUAUUGGCCAUUAGCAAGAAUGGGGAAAAAAUCACCUAUCAAAGGGUUAUCCAAAGUAACUCAUAGUGCAACAUCCCAAACAGCAAAAGGAAGUACAGGAGGAAGUGCCUGUAUGAUAUGUGGGAAGAUCUUCAAAUAUGAACAUAAGAUGAAAGUGCAUCUUCGUUCACAUACAGGGGAAACUCCAUUUUCCUGUACCUUUUGUAACAAGGCAUUUACACAAAAUGCAGCAUUGAAGGUGCAUAUCCGCACUCAUACGAAAGAGCGUCCUUACUCUUGUAAAGAGUGUGAAAAAACAUUUGCACGGGCUGACCAUCUCAAUCAACAUAUACGAACCCAUACAGGAAAAAGGCCAUAUGGAUGUGAGUUAUGCCAAAAAUCAUUUGCUACAUGGUCGGCCAUUUCCCGCCAUAAAGCUGAACAUCUUUCCUGUAACAACUACAUAUGUCAAGUUUGUUCCAAAACUUUCUCCAGAACAAGCAAUUUGAAGAAUCACCUGUUGAAGGUCCAUUCACAUUCUGAAGACUCUUCUCACCCAGAAGGAAAAGAAACUAGCGCUAAAAAGCUAUUAAUUCUGCCUGAUGUCAGAGAUCUCUUAGAAACCCUGCAAGGCGAAGAAGAUGAAAAGAAUCAUUUCCUCUCUGGAUGUGUUAAAAGUGAGCCAACAGAAGACAAAACGUAAAAUUCUGAAUCAGGUCAAGAUAUAUCAAGUGUUUUUGUUCAAAUCCUAUUUUGUGAGUUGAAUGUUUGAGCAUUCCAAUUGAUCUGUUGCCUAAUAGGAACCAGGAGUUUCUAGUUUGAUUAUUAUUAAUUUUUUUUAGUUGAUAUUAGUAUUAAUUAUGCAUCCAAUUGGUAAUUUCAGUAUCAUGUCUCUAAAUUUCUAUGUUCAGUAAAAAUCUCAUCCAAAAUCUCAUUA